CGCCCCCGUGCGGGCUUCCCUCUGGCCAGUCGCGCGUGGGCUGAGGCCCUGGGCGGGCGUUGCGAAGGCUUGUUUGCUCUAGCGCUGACCCCCGGGCGGUCCGGAGUUCUCUACCUCGCGGGUGGAUGGUGCAGACCCCCUACUUAAGGUGAAUGUGCCGUUUCGUCGGCUGCUAAGGACAGGCUGGGGAGCCCGGGGGCCGGGGCAGCGGCCAUGAACUCGCCCGUGGACCCCGGCGCUAGGCAGGCGCUGAAGAAGAAGCCUCCCGAGCGGACCCCCGAGGAUUUAAAUACUAUUUAUUCUUAUCUUCAUGGAAUGGAAAUACUGUCAAAUCUCAGGGAACAUCAGCUUAGAUUAAUGUCUGCGAGAGCACGCUAUGAGAGAUACAGUGGCAAUCAAAUUCUUUUUUGUUCAGAAACGGUUGCCAGAUGUUGGUAUAUCCUGCUUUCUGGAUCUGUGCUUAUGAAAGACUCCAUGGUCUUGCCUCCUUGCAGUUUUGGUAAGCAGUUUGGAGGAAAAAGAGGAUGUGAUUGUCUUGUAUUAGAGCCUUCAGAAAUGAUUGUGGUAGAGAAUUCCAAAGAUAAUGAAGAUAGUAUUCUACAAAGAGAAAUUCCUGCCAGACAGUCUCGACGAAGGUUUCGGAAAGUUAAUUAUAAAGGAGAGCGCCAAACCAUCACCGAUAAUGUGGACAUUAACAGCUAUCUUUCUCUUCCGGCCGAUCUUACCAAGAUGCACAUCACAGACAACCCUCAUCCACAGGUGACUCACGUGUCUUCUAGUCAGUCUGGUUGUAGCAUUGCCAGUGACUCUGGGAGCAGCAGUUUAUCUGAUAUCUACCAGGCUACAGAAAGUGAGGUAGGAGAUGUAGACUUAACACGUCUUCCAGAAGGACCUGUUGAUUCUGAAGAUGAAGAAGAGGAAGAUGAAGAGAUUGAUCGAACAGAUCCACUACAGGGACGAGAUCUUGUUCGAGAAUGUCUUGAGAAAGAACCUGCAGACAAAACUGAUGAUGACAUUGAACAGUUACUGGAGUUUAUGCACCAGCUCCCUGCUUUUGCGAACAUGACCAUGUCUGUAAGGAGAGAACUCUGCUCCGUGAUGAUUUUUGAAGUGGUAGAGCAGGCUGGAGCGGUUAUUCUUGAAGAUGGGCAAGAGCUUGACUCAUGGUAUGUUAUUUUAAACGGCACUGUAGAAAUCACUCAUCCAGAUGGAAAAGUUGAAAAUCUCUUUAUGGGAAAUAGUUUUGGAAUUACUCCCACUCUGGAUAAGCAGUACAUGCAUGGAGUUGUUAGGACUAAAGUAGAUGAUUGUCAGUUUGUCUGCAUAGCCCAGCAGGAUUAUUGGAGAAUUUUAAAUCAUGUGGAGAAAAAUACCCAUAAAGUUGAGGAAGAGGGAGAAAUUGUUAUGGUGCAUGAACACCGUGAACUAGAUCGGAGUGGAACCAGGAAAGGACACAUCGUAAUCAAGGCAACACCUGAGCGUCUCAUCAUGCACUUAAUAGAAGAGCAUUCUAUUGUGGACCCAACUUAUAUAGAAGAUUUCCUACUGACUUAUAGGACAUUUCUUGAAAAUCCUUUGGAUGUUGGGAUCAAACUGUUGGAAUGGUUUAAAAUUGACAGCUUAAGGGAUAAGGUAACACGGAUUGUGUUAUUAUGGGUAAAUAAUCAUUUUAAUGAUUUUGAAGGUGAUCCUGCUAUGACUCGAUUUCUGGAGGAGUUUGAAAAAAAUCUGGAAGAUACAAAAAUGAAUGGUCAUCUUCGGUUAUUGAAUAUUGCCUGUGCUGCAAAGGCCAAGUGGAGGCAGGUUGUGCUGCAAAAGGCUUCCCGGGAGUCCCCUCUGCAUUUCAGCCUUAACGGAGGAAGUGAGAAGGGAUUUGGUAUUUUUGUUGAAGGAGUAGAACCUAGUAGCAAAGCUGCUGAUGCCGGACUGAAACGUGGUGAUCAGAUAAUGGAAGUAAAUGGACAAAACUUUGAGAACAUUACAUUUGCAAAGGCCCUUGAAAUUUUAAGGAAUAAUACGCACCUUGCACUUACUGUGAAGACCAACAUUUUUGUGUUCAAAGAGUUGCUUAGUAGGACUGAACAAGAAAAAUAUGGUGUUCCGCAUAUUCCUAAAAUUGCUGAAAAAAAAAGUAAUCGCCAUUCAAUCCAGGAUGUACCAGGAGAUAUUGAACAGACAUCACAGGAGAAAGGAAAUAAGAAAAUAAAAGCAAAUACUGUUUCUGGUGGGAGAAAUAAAAUCAGGAAAAUUUUGGAUAAAACACGGUUUAGUAUCCUGCCUCCAAAACUGUUCAGUGAUGGAGGCCUGAGCCAGUCACAAGAUGACAGCAUUGUGGGAACAAGACACUGCAGGCACAGUCUGGCUAUAAUGCCUAUACCUGGAACACUCUCCUCCAGCAGCCCUGAUCUCCUGCAGCCUACCACCAGCAUGUUGGAUUUUUCUAAUCCUGCAGAUAUUCCUGAUCAAGUUAUACGAGUUUUCAAAGCAGAUCAACAAAGUUGCUACAUUAUCAUCAGUAAAGACACUACAGCUAAAGAAGUUGUUUGUCAUGCUGUUCAUGAAUUUGGUUUGACUGGUGCGUCUGACACAUAUUCUCUCUGUGAAGUUUCUGUUACUCCUGAGGGUGUCAUAAAACAGAGAAGACUUCCGGACCAGUUCUCCAAAUUAGCUGAUAGAAUUCAGCUCAAUGGAAGAUAUUAUUUAAAAAAUAACAUGGAAACAGAAACUUUAUGUUCAGAUGAAGAUGCCCAAGAGCUAGUCAAGGAAAGUCAGCUGUCCAUGCUGCAGCUCAGUACCAUUGAGGUGGCCACUCAGCUGUCAAUGAGGGACUUUGAUUUGUUUCGUAAUAUUGAACCUACUGAAUACAUUGAUGACCUUUUUAAGUUAGAUUCCAAAACAGGAAAUACUCACUUGAAAGAGUUUGAGGACAUUGUUAACCAGGAGACAUUCUGGGUUGCUUCAGAGAUUUUAACUGAACCAAAUCAGCUCAAACGAAUGAAGAUUAUUAAACAUUUUAUUAAAAUUGCACUUCAUUGUCGAGAAUGUAAGAACUUCAAUUCCAUGUUUGCAAUAAUAAGUGGCUUGAACCUGGCAUCUGUAGCACGACUCAGAGGUACUUGGGAAAAAUUACCAAGCAAGUAUGAGAAACACCUCCAGGAUCUACAAGACCUCUUUGAUCCAUCUAGAAACAUGGCAAAGUAUAGAAAUAUUCUUAGUAGUCAAAGCAUGCAGCCUCCAAUUAUUCCACUCUUCCCUGUUGUCAAGAAAGAUAUGACAUUUCUACAUGAAGGAAAUGACUCCAAAGUAGAUGGUUUAGUGAAUUUUGAGAAGCUAAGAAUGAUUGCCAAGGAAAUCCGUCAAGUUGUUCGGAUGACUUCUGCUAACAUGGACCCAGCUGUGAUGUUUCGACAGAGGUCACUGAGUCAAGGCAGCACAAACUCAAACAUGCUGGAUGUCCAGGGAGGUGCUCACAAGAAAAGAGCACGCCGCAGCUCUCUGCUUAAUGCCAAGAAGCUAUACGAGGAUGCCCAAAUGGCAAGAAAAGUGAAGCAAUAUCUCUCCAGUCUGGAUGUAGACACAGAUGAGGAGAAGUUUCAGAUGAUGUCACUGCAGUGGGAGCCUGCCUAUGGUACCUUGACUAAGAAUUUCAAUGAGAAAAGAUCAGCCAAAUCAUCAGAGAUGUCUCCAGUGCCUAUGAGGUCAGCGGGCCAAACAGCUAAGGCACAUUUGCAUCAGCCUCACCGAGUGAGCCAGGCACUCCAAGUGCCAGCUGUUAAUUUGCACCCCAUCAGGAAGAAGGGACAAGCAAAGGACCCCGCCACAUUAAGUGCAAACUUACCUCAGAAAGUUUUAGGGACAACUGAAGAAAUAAGUUGUCGGAAACAUCCAGAAGAUACAAUCUCCGUGGCGUCGUCCUUACAUUCUAGUCCUCCUGCAUCUCCGCAAGGCUCCCCUCGCAAAGGUUGUACGCUUACACCAUCAACUAAAUCUGACAACUUGUCUGACUCCAGCCAUAGCGAAAUUUCUUCACGAUCCAGCAUUGUGAGCAAUUGUUCUGUUGACUCCAUGUCUACAGCUCUGCAGGAUGAACGGUGUUCUUCACAGGCUGUGGUGGUCCCUGAAUCUGCUGGGCCAUUAGAAAAAACAGAACACUCCUCAGGGAUAGGAGACCAUAGUCAGCUGGGCCCUGGGUGGACAAUGUCAAAGCCAUCUCUAGUCAAGAGCUUAGCGGUCUCAUCUUCUGUGAGUAACGAAGAGAUUUCUCAUGAACAUAUCAUUUUAGAAGCAGCCGAUAGUGGUCGUGGAAGUUGGACUUCCUGUUCAAGCAGCUCCCAUGACAACUUCCAAAGCCUUCCAAACCCAAAAGGCUGGGAUUUUUUGAACUCUUACCGACAGACCCAUCUCGAUGGCCCCAUUGUUGAAGUUGAACCUCCUGACUGUGAGCCCUAUUCCUGUCCUAAAGGCUGCUCUAGAACUUGUGGUCAAUGUAAAGGAAGCCUAGAGGCUAAUCAGAUGAGACAGAGCUGGGCCUCUUCCAGUUCUCUGUCUGACACAUAUGAACCAAACUAUGGGACGGUUAAGAGGAGAGUGUUGGAGAGCACCCCGCCUGAGUCCUCUGAAGGCUUGGACCCCAAGGAUGGCACUGACCCAGUUUAUAAAACUGUUACUUCAAGUACAGAAAAGGGCUUGAUUGUGUACUGUGUCACCUCACCCAGGAAGGAGGAUAGGUAUAGGGAGCCGCCUCCCACUCCUCCAGGAUACAUGGGCAUUUCUUUAGCGGACCUAAAGGAAGGACCCCACCUACACCUAAAACCUCCAGAUUAUAGUGUGGCAGUGCAGAGGUCAAAGAUGAUGCAUAACAGCCUCUCUAGACUGCCACCAGCCUCUCCCGGUAGCAGCCCCGUGGCCUGUGUUCCAUCGAAGAUUGUAACUCAGCCUCAGAGGCAUGUUUUGCAACAACCACCCCAUCCUAAACUAGCAGAUGUGACUGACGCAGAUAGCGAAGCAGAUGAGAAUGAACAGGUCUCGGCGGUCUAGUCUCUGGAGGACCCGUUUGAAGUUUACCGAAAGUCGUCGGGGAAGGAGUGGGCAGAACCACCUCGUGAUUCCGCAGGCCGUUGCCACCAAGAAGCUUGCUGCUGCUGCUAACCCAGAGGUCUCGUUCCCGGUGCCCUGAGCAAGGAGAUAGCCCUGAGUUAUGCUUCCUUUCCUUUAACCUUUGCAGACGCCUAGUUUGCUCAGCUAUGGAUGUCAUGCCUGGAGACCAGUCCUCACGUCCUACACCAUACCUGCCUUGGGACCACAGUUACUGGAACACAUUGAAACUCAGAGUCCUCCCUGUGUAGAUCAGUGUAGACUUUUCUUUAAAAAGUUAUUUUUAAAAGAAUAGUGGUAGUAUUUCCAAGCCAUAGCUUGGGGUAAUGGACAAAUUCACAAUGUCUGCCAAUACCAAGGAUAUUCUUGUGUAUUUGAAAAGUAACUUAUUAUUACACAUUUGGUGGUUUUCUUUGUAUUGGGGAGCUGUCAUUAGUGGAUGUUUGUUUUAGGCCGUAAAACUGUCUCUGGUCUGACCAAACUGAAGUCCUCUUUACGGGAUGAUAUGCGUAAUGUAUACAGACAUGAGCUUGGUCUUUCGCACCAGUGCAGUGCAGGGUCAGCAUUUGCGGGAGGAAGGAAGCUCUCUGUGGUUGAGGUGUUAGGAGGGCGACACCGCCGUCUGCUGAUCUGGAAGGCCAGGGGAUGCCGCCGCGGGGUUUCUUACCAGUCCUGGGGGAGGGAGGCUCUCAUUAGGUCGGUAGCCACCCUCAUCUCUAGAGAACGAAAUUUUCCUUAAACAUGUAUACCAACCCUUUCUGAAGUGAAUGUCCUGCUGCAUCUAACGAAAGUACAAAUCUGUUAAGCAGAGAAUGGGUUCUAGAGAGUUCCCCAGAAACCCAAAAGUUUUUCAGUGCUCAGAUAUGGAGUUCUUUUUAAGAAGGAAAUGCAGUCAUUGGUGUGUAAUCAUGGAGAUGAAUUAAGCUUUAUGUAAUGUGCAGCCUCCCUGCCGCUGCGGUCAUCAGCCCCUCAUGAGUGCUCAUGAGUGCGCCAAGGUAGUGAGUGGUUGAAAAUGUUGGGGGGACAGAGGAGCUGGAAUUAUGGGAAUGAUUUCUCUCUUGGUUCGAAGGUUAAGCCCUUGAGAGGAAAGAGAUCUGUGUGUGUUAACUGUCUGUUGGGCAUGGUGUUCUUAAGUAUUUAACUAAAAUUUCGGUGACUGUUUACUGGAUAACCCAGACCUUACACAUUUUUACAAACUAAAUACAGUGUUUUCUGUUAACUUAAGUUUAAAUUUUAUCAUUUGUUUUUAAAUGUAAAUGCAGGUGAAAGCUUAAUUAACUUCUGUGACUACCAAAAAAAAAAAAAAAGCCAAAGCCAUUCACGCGCACUGCCCAACUGCCCACAUCAACUUGGAGCCAAAAUGGGUUUACUUGUGAGUGGUAGUUGUCCGUAUAUGAAUGUAGGAUUCAGCUGGUUUGUGAUUUCCUUUUCAAGACUUGGUUUCUUCCUUUUUUCGUAGCUGUCACUUCCCCCUCUUCUUCCCUAUCCACCCCCACCCCGCUUUGCACUUGUUGUUAAGUAGACUCCCUGGCCUCUGUGGGGCUUGAACUGAGGUUCGUGCUCCACUGACUGAGCCCGCUAGGCGCCUCGCCAGCCGGGUCCCCUUCAUUUUAAAAUCAUGAGUCGUUUCCAGGUGGAAUGAUUGUCUCUUUAUUGUAGGAAAAAUAGCUUAAUCUGAAAACUUUCUUGGGGGUGGGAAGGCCCAAAAUGUCAAUCUGAAACCUAAAGCCUUAAAAAUCUGACCCGCAAGUGUGUUAGGAUGAGGCUAAUUGGCUCUCUAGCUUUCUUGGUCUCUUGACGUGGAAAAUGGCCUGGGUCAAAAAUCCUGGUUUGAAAGUCACACUGUAGUGAUUCAACCUAUAAAUACUGGUCCUUUGAUCACAAAAAAAAUGUUCCUUCACUGAUUUACAGAUUAUUGUUUUAUGUCCAGAGCCAAACAAAGAAAAUGAAAGCUACUUCGGUUACAGUCACUUUUUUGUCACGUUUAUUUAUUCUACUUCAUCCCUCUUUCCCCAGAAAAACUGCACCGUUUGUGAAAUAUCUGUUUAUUUGCAGGUGUUUGAAAUCAUAUGGAGCCUUACCCGUCUUUGUCCUUAAUGGUGUCAGUCAUGUGUUGCACAGAGAGGCCGUGCUUUGGGGCUGCGCCUCGUAGCGGACUUUGUGUCUGGCUGCCGCUGUGAGUGUCUGAGUUCACAGUGAUCAGGAACUAAAGCCAAAUGCUUUGUAGUGUGCUAUGUGUGUGUCCCCCGAGAACUCGUGGAAUACCGAUUUUUAUAUUUUAAUUUUAAUUUAGGGAACAUUUCUGCCUUCUCUUAGUUUGUUACAUGACUAGAACAAGAGAAGCCUUAACCUGUAUUUGCUCCAGUUCUAAAUCCCCAUUUGAUUUUGUUUUUAUUUUAUAAGUUUAAUAAAGUGAAUAGUGCCCUCAUCCCACCUCACCUCUGAAUCUGUCAGGAUUUACUGAAGUAAACCCUCGGUGCAAAGGUUUUGCCAAAUCAGGUUUAACAGAACCGUUUCUUCAUAAUGGAAGAUUUGAACAAUGAGUAAAUCCAGUUUAUCCUUCCAUAAAGGUUUAAGUAGUAGAUUCUUAGUUCCUCCGACUGAUUACUUUGAAUCUGAUCUUUGGGGAGAAAAAAGACUUAACUGGUUUUUCAUCAGGGUGUGAGUCACACUCGUCAUCUGUGUCACCUCCUUGAGACUCUCCCAGACCAGAAUAUGUGGCAGUGAUCACGAGGAUUUCCAAGAACAAGCCUAAUUUUUAUGAGGUGUUCUCUCUCCUAUAAAAAGAAGGAGAGAGUUUCCUUGUAUAUUUAAAACAAUGAUGAUUAUUCUGAUACAUUUUAAGUUUCUAAAAAAUGUGAUAUUAAAGUAGAUGUAUCCCUUUAGCAGUACCUUAAAGGCUAGAAGAAAGGGAUAAAUCUUCAAAAAAGUGUCACAGUACAUUUUCAGAUUUAAACUUGAACUCCAGUUCAUCUUUAGCUUUUGUUGUGCUUUUUAAGGCUUCUUUAUUUUUGAUACACAGAAUGCAGUUGUACUUGAUCUUUUGAAAUAGAAACAUGAGAGCUUAUCAGAAAACGACAAAACAAAACUGCACAGUUAUAAUAAUCAAAUGCAAUUAUACUGCACAAUUCAGUGAUUGUAAAGCAUCCUGUAACGAGCAAUGUUUGUCUCCUAUUUUUUGAUACCUCUUAAACUUAUGUCUUUUAGAAAGACAGUGCCUCUGUAUGCUUUUUGUAUUUUUACUGAAUGUAAAUAUUUGUUAUAUUUUUGGUUAAGAGAAUGUAAAAGUACCGUUUAUUAUUAUCAUAUCUACUAAUACAUUGGUGGAAUAAAUAAAGAAUCUACAUUAA